CAGCAGCAGCCGCAGUAAUAACCGCACCUGUCGUGUCGCCCAUACAGACUGUGGCGGAGAACCGUCUGAGGAGUAAAAAAAGAACAAGAAGGGGAAAACACCGUUCUGGGGAUGUGAAAAAUACCGAUGGCUGCGGGAGACCUCUGCGGCUGAAAAUUACGCAUCGAAUCCUUGAUGCUGUGGUGACACUGAAGACAGAGUGUAUCCCUGAAAAAUACACACUCACACACACACAUGUGAAGUGACUGAGAAGCCUUUUGGAUAUACAAGCGCUUCACCGGACAUAAUGAGAGGCUACCUGCUGACUGCACUCUUUCUCCUGCCCUUGGUGGCCUCUGAGUCAGAGCACUGCAUAAUAAAGCGGGAGCAUGAGAAAUGCAUGGAGAUGAUGGCGAUGCACACCCUAGACAACAUUGAAUAUGUGUGUCCAUGGAUGUGGGAUAACUUGACCUGCUGGCAGGCAGCUAGUGUGGGUGAGGUUGUUGUGGUCAACUGUCCGGAGCUGUUUUAUGACUUCAUGAUCCCUGAGGACGAAAUAGGGAAGGUCAGUCGAAACUGUACAGAGUACGGCUGGUCUGAGCCUUAUCCUCACUACGUGGACAUCUGCUUUCCCUACGACAACAUUACGAAACAUGACAUGUAUUAUGCGUCUGUCAAAGCCCUGUAUACAGUGGGGUACAGCACAUCACUAGUGUCUCUAACCACAGCCAUGGUUAUUCUCUGCAGAUUCAGGAAGCUCCACUGCACCAGGAACUUCAUUCACAUGAAUCUGUUUGUGUCCUUCAUCCUGAGAGCCAUCUCUGUCUUCAUCAAGGACGGCGUGCUGUACGCUCAGGAAGACAGCGAACACUGCUUCAUCCACACAGUGGCGUGUAAAGCGGUGAUGAUUUUCUUCCAUUACUGCGUCAUGUCUAACUAUUUCUGGCUCUUCAUCGAAGGCUUGUAUCUCUUCACUCUGCUGGUGGAGACCUUUUUUCCCGAGAGGCGAUAUUUCUACUGGUACACCAUUGUGGGCUGGGGAACUCCCACCAUCUGUGUGACGGUCUGGGCAGUUCUGAGGCUCCAUUUUCAUGACACUGGAUGCUGGGAUACAAAUGAGCACACUGCCCUCUGGUGGGUGAUUAAAGGACCUGUCGUCGCUUCAAUAAUGAUUAAUUUUGUCCUCUUCAUUGGAAUUAUCAUCAUCCUGGUGCAAAAGCUGCAGUCCCCUGACAUCGGAGGAAAUGAGUCGAGCAUUUAUCUCAGCUGUGCUCAGAAAUGCUUCAGUGAGCCCACACAGGCUGUUCAGCAUUCGUGCAGGAUGUCAGAGUUAUCCACCAUCACACUGCGUCUGGCACGUUCCACCCUCCUCCUCAUCCCCCUGUUUGGGAUUCACUACACUGUUUUUGCCUUCUCGCCCGAGGAUGUCAGCAAGAGGGAGAGGCUGGUCUUUGAACUGGGGCUUGGAUCCUUCCAGGGCUUUGUGGUAGCUGUCCUCUACUGUUUCCUCAAUGGGGAG